UGUUUAGGAAGCGGAAUGACAUGUGCAACGGCAUUGGCCGAGGUGUUCCGAAUGAGAAGAAACAGAAGUACGCUUUCACUUUCAGUUUUCACGAUUGGAUCCGACCUCCCGAGGCUCCCGAUGUUGUCACAUUCCCAUUGUGACUCGUCAUUUAAAAAGCCUAAGGAUAGCAAUUCGCCAAGUUCUAGUGAUGAGAACGUUCUCUUACAUACCUCGAGAUGGACACCGACUCUGUUAGAUAAACUUGGUGUUGUUAUCAGCGAAAAUUCACCCGAACAGAUAAUCAAAGAAUGGAGUUUGGUCACGCUUUCGCAAAGUGUUCUCAAAGAUAUCGAAACAAAGGUGUUAAAAACUUCUCUAUGUCUUCGGAACAUGGAUUUUGCAUCAGUAGAGGAACUUUGGGAGAGGACGCGACACAACAAAAACUUGGUCAAACUAUUACAACCGGAUGAUUUCCAUGAUACCAUUGGUCAUUCACAUAAAUCCCCGUUUGAAAGAAGCAGUUUAAAUGACUUUUUAUACGCAUUAGGGUGUGUGCUGAAUGUCGUAGAGGAGAAAAGGGAAACUUUUAAGUGGCAGUAUGAACUUCUGUUUCACAAAUUUUUGCAGAUGUUUGGGAUGUCAUCUAUGCAUCAGCCACUUGUCAGUACAAAAGAAGCCCAGAUCCUGGGCAGAACAGUCGGAUCACGCCCUGAUCUACUGUGUACAACCUCCAACCCUAGAACACACAGACCAAUACUGAUUGUCUGUCAGGUAUCAAAAGAUUCAGCUCCUGCGAAUGAAACGGAUGAUUCUCCUCCAAACAAGAAACCUAGAUCUAAUGCCUCGGUCAACUCAGCGUCUACUUCCUGUCAAAGUCCAGCCUGUUUCUGUGCACCACAUGUAGGGGGGCUCCUUGUACAUCUGGACAGAUCUGCAACCUCCAGGGCUAUUUUAGGAAUGACAGUGGAGAAUACAUUUGUUAGAAUAACAUCACUUCAUGUAAACAAAGACACCUUAGAAAAGAUUCGGACUGCGGAUGUGACAAGGUCUGUACAGUAUGAAGUGGGGGAACAGAGGCCUUGGUUUUCCUACAGCAAACCUAUGAACUACCUUAAAAAGGAAGACAGAAAUGAACUAGUCCAAGCUUUGUUACAUAUCAACAUGAUGCAGAAGAAAUAUGAGAUUGAGUGACUGUGUGAUCACUGUAUUCAAGAGUCUUGGAUGGGACAUAGCUAGGUUUUUUGUAUCUUGAUGGUAUUACUCAGACUGCCAAAAGUGCAUUGUUUGUUUUGAUUAAAGUUUUAUCACAGUUA